UGCUGGGUGCAUAAAACCCCGGGGACAGAUUGUGGCAGAUUGCGUGGUCACCAUGCAAGAAUAGCAAAUUUUAAAAUGAUCUAUUCUUGCAGACCCCUUUAUUUUGUAAAACAACAUAGUGUAAAACAAACAAACAAAAGUGCUCCUCAAACAGAGAGAACCCUCCAACCCACCUUGUCCAACAGCUACCUUCGCUGUGCAAAGAUGAUGUCGUCAGCAUUAAAAAGUUGUACCACUUCCAAUUUCCAUCAAACCUGAGAGGGGGAAUAGACACCGGCGUGAUCGGGACCAACAAGUUAGUAGCGGCUAUUGUAGAUGGUAAUUCUUAAAAGGCUGGCACUAUGUCCAAUCUCCCUUUCCAUCGGCCUGCUGAAUGGGAGUUGUUUCGCAAUGAAUCUGUGACGUCAAAGAGGCAGAGAGAGGCUCUGCAAGAGUCCAAAGCACGGGCGGACGCCAUGAGAAGAGGCGGUGACGGUCUGGCGUGGUCCGAGCAGCGUUGGGUGGACCAAGUAGUACCGGCAGAGAUGGUCAACCCAGAUGAUUUUGAUACAUUUAAUUACAGAGCCUAGUCCAUGCUCCGCUCACUGGGUGCCGAGACCGUGGACUCUCCAAGAGACUGCAGAGAUACCACACAGAGAGACAAAUGAUCGGAGGGUCGGGAGGAAGGCUGACUGCAGUGGAAACAAUAACAGUCAGGCUCCACCAGCUUACAAUUUGAUCAACACUGCUGGUUCCCGCUGCAACAAUGUGAGUGAAGCCGCCUCUGUCACACAACAGUCAAGUUGCACCAGCUUCACCCCCAGCAGCACCGACAAUAAUAAUAACUGCAGCAAAUCAAAAAACAACAAUGCACCUACUACAGAUAGAAAACCUGCUCAAUACCCACUGCACUGCUGUCCUAUCCAAGAGUGUGGUAAGACGUUGGGAGUCGGUGACAAAAUGUUGUGCCAGCCAAACAACAGCUUCCCGGGGAACAAACCCACGACCACCAACAUCACCGCAGUGUGCUCGAGAAAUAAGCCCAACGCGAACGAACCUUACGACGAGGAGAAGCAUGGUGUACUGCAUUGUCGAGAGAUGCCCAUCUGCCCUGGUAGCGGAAGAACACCCCACAACGCAGGCCCCGUUCUCGUCUGCCAGCCUCCGCCCAAGGACGCCAAGCCGAAGCCGGGCUACGGCACCUACAAGAUCAUCGGGAGCAAACAGUACCGCGAGGCGCCGGAACCUUUGAUCGAGAAUGAGACUAAACUCCCCCCACACCUGGAAGAAUACAAAGAGUUCACGAGGCGCUGUCCGAACUAUACGAUCGGAAGGUACGAUCGCUCCGACCCUGCCAAUGAACUGAUGCUUCCGUCCCACAAAGACGCCGUUUUGAUUCGCGGCUCGAGAUCCCCGUUUCUUUUUUGCAGGAAUCCCAAAGCUGGGAAACUGCCACCGUUAUUUAAGCACGUACAGACGCCGCCUCUGGAUUGGUCUAUACCCUCUUUUAUCAUGGACGAACUGCAACAACCACAAAAGAAGUAGAUCUUAACCUUACCAGAGUAAAGAGGGCCCGUCCGCCUUUCCCGGAGUCAUAUGUACGUUGUACACACCUAAGUCAUCAGAGGUGCAAUGAAGUUUGGAGACAUUGGAUAAAGUCAUCCACAAACGAGGAGGCGAAUUUCCAAGCACCUCAUGUGACACGCCAACCAUGACACGUACACAGCAGGGAUAUCUACGGAGUUCCAUCUCUGAAAUGAUAAUAAAAGAAUAAAAUAACAAACUGUCUGAUAUACAUACUGUCACCCAAAAAAAAAGAGACUGAGAACAACUUACGUAUAGAAACUUUAAGGUACAUCAUGGGAAAUAUUCAGAGCAAAAAAUGCAAGGUAUGGCAAAAAUCAUUUUUAACUGUACAUCAAAUUGGCAACUUCAGUGUAUUGAGAAUUAAUCUGAUGCGAUACUUUUACCAAUAACAUAUUUUUAAAACACGCUUUCAACCGUUUUAGAAGUUACCCCUCUAAAAUUACCUGAAAAUUUUAGAAGUAAAGAAAACUUUUGCUUUGUUGAUCGAUUAAUUUUUUUCCCCUGACAGCCAAAACAAAUGUAGUACUGCUAGGAGUUGUUCCCUUCAGCGGAGUUCAAACUGAAAUUUCAUAGAGUCAAAAACACAGCCUACAGUUUAUUUACAGCUCCAACGGUUUUCCCACCAGCACAGACCCAUUUGAUCCCAGGAUGCAACUUCUGCAUGUUUUGACACUCGCGCACAACACAUCUCCGGGUUUUCAUAAGCUACUGUCACUUGAAAAAGGGGAAGAAUAACUGUAAUUCUUCAGUUCUCAGCUUUGACACUGCUUGAACUGAUAUACUGAGCAGGUAAGAGUACAUUCCAUUCUCUGGUAUUUUAUUUUGAACUUGUAUAAAUAGUAUAAUACGAUCAUAAGUUUUAAUAUCAGCAGCUCGCUGACCUCUAGUCUCCGUCUGUAGCGUAGUGCCUCAGUUAGUAAGUUAGUCUCGUACAGUAGUCUCCGCCUACGAUCCCGAUGCUCGGGAGCAAAGAAAAUAUGGGACCCUAGGCAAAUGGUAUCUUAGUAGACGCACCACGGAAAAAAUCUACUGUGACCCAUGUUAACGCCUUCAAACGGUAAAAUGGUCUCCAUUCACUCGUAAAUAAACUGACGUGACCCCAGGGUGGGUUUAUGGUAUAUGGCGAGCAAAGAGUGGUCAACUUUGAUGACCAAUUGCAGUGGCAUGAGGCAUGCCAUUUUCACUUAUUAUCCUAUUGUGAGUCUCAAAAUCCAUGUUUAUCCAGACGUCCCUCCCCUUUACCUGUUCAAGAUUGAUAGCUUUCCAUCUCUGAGUUCCCCCGCCUUUGUCACACCAUUGCUUUGUGACCAUUCCAAUAAAAAUUCAGUCUGUCUCACAAAUUUGGGAGUGGAGACAACUGUUGCAAUGGUCAAGGAAGAGUUUAUAGUUCCAUGUGAUCCCACCUGAAGCAAACUUGUAGACCCUACCCACCCAACGUGUAAUGUAAGUUUAGGCGGAGAGCUCAGAUGCCAGAGCGACGUUUGGGGAAAACAAAUUUGUCGGCGAGUUAACGGUUGUGUGCGAUCCUGUCUGAGGCAAACAUUGUACCAUUUCAUCGAGUUUUAUAACGCUUAUGUGAUCACAUUCACCAGAGUGGCUUAUCUUUGCCUCAACGUUACACUCUUGGUCGAUUGGCUGUGCUGCCCAGGUUUUUGUUCCUUAAAUUAUGAUCUGAAAUGCGAGAUCUUAGCCGAAUGUAGACCUUCAGAGUCGGAUCUUAGGGGUGACUUUUGUAUAGUAAAAAUUCUGUUUUCUUAAAACAAAAGGAUCUUAAGCAAACCAGAAACGGUGGGAUCUUAGGCGGAGACUACUGUAAUACUAAAAUUAGGAUUAGGAACGCCACUUGGGCUGGCUUGUUUUACGAAAAGCAUUGGUAAUAUUUAGUAGUUCAUUUCAUGAGCUGAAUGUUGGCAUUACUUUAGUUUAAGAACUGCUGAAGAGUAUUAGCAAUUUUUGGAAUGGAAGAGUGUCAAUUUUGAGAACAACCAGUCACAGAGCAAAAACUAAGCUGUGAGUUUGUGAACCACUUGCAAAGCCACAUGAGCUUUGACUUAUUAUCAAUUGACUGACUCAGUUAUAACUCAAGUGGAGGAAUUCUUUUUUAUUUGGCCUGACUGUGUAAAAAUGAAUUUUCUGUAAUCCUAGAGAGGCUUUAAAAAAAAAAAUCUACCACCAAUUUUGAAAAAUGUUGUUUUGAAUGUAUCAGUUGAUGCAAAAAUUAAUAGAGUUAAACAACAACUAUUAAGCUAUCCUCAAUAUCUCUUUAGAGGUUUCAACUAUUAAAAAAAAGCACCACUAGGAUCACAGAUUUUAUUGUUAGUAGGCUCAUGUAAAAGUAUGAGCACUUUAGUCAAAAAAACGAAUGAGAGAGAGCUUGGCAGAAUUGAAUUAAAAUUGCUUCUGUACACUGAAAACAUGGACAUUUUUCAAACUCCUUAAAAAAUGAUUAUAUUUUACCAGUUGACUUUCAUUUUGAACUCCUAGAGUGCUUUUUUACGACCACUCUGACUGCUGCUGGAAUGUAUUGAUAUAAAAGUUAUAAAUAUUAACAGCUACCUACCCUUAAAGAGAUGCAAAAAGACAAAAAAACAGCAAUGACCUCAUCAACCACUGGAAGGAACUAUCAGGGUUUUGGAAGUUUUGAUUGUGAAAUAUUCUAUUCAAGUUUUGAAGUGUUCCAACUCUUGAUCUCAGGAAAAAGUAAAAUAUUUUUCAACCAUAUCAAGUACAAAAGUACCUUUAAAAAGCAUUUAAACAGAUAAGACUCAAUGACAAGGAAUAAUGUGUAAAACAUCUUUCAUUGAAAAACAUUGAAAAUGUAGGGACCAUGAGGUGGUCAUCAUGGAGGAAGCUGCUUGUUGACCUAUAUUUCUGACUUACAUUUCUUUUCAUCUUCAUGGCUCUUCCACAUACUGAAGAAUUCUUGAUGUGACAGUAGCAUUCUCUGUAAUUCUCAUUACUUUCUGGUGUGGCCCUAUCGACUUGAUUUUGUGACUUUGACGUUAGAGGAAAAUUCUUUUUGCAAGGCUACCAACUCAAAGCAUUGACAAACUCCACAUUUACAAGACAUAUUACUUGUCUCUGAAAGAAAACAAUGCACAUACCCUGCAAACAUGAGAUCAUCAUUGCCAUCGUAAGAGAAGUCCAUGUCACCAUCCAUUUCCAUGGUGUCUUUUCUGUACACAUUAUGAUGAAAGAACAUAGAAUGGGAAAUUCAAAAAGCUGAAAGAUGAAAAACAAAUUUCAAAUCUUCCUAACCUGUGAUCCCAGCACUGAUGCAUGGAGAUCGCUUAAGACAAAAAAAAGACCAGAACAAAUCCCAUUUCCAAUUAAAAAAGAAUAAGACAAUAGUGACUUUGAACUUUCAGUUUAAAUGAUUAUUAACACCAAGGAAAAGCAAUGUUACAAAAAAAACGACAAUUAAAACCUAUGUAAGUCAGGUGUGUGUAUGUGUGUGUUUGUAUGUGUGUGUGUGUGUGUGUGUGUGUGUGUGUGUGUGUGUGUGUGGUUCCAGGCUUCACUACAAUUUUCGUAUAAUUUUAUUAAAUUUCAUAACCAGUUCAAGCAUGACCUACUUUUCAAGACUUUCAAAGUUCUAUAUGUAAAAAAAUUAUAAUGCAAAGAUUUAGCCAACGCUCUUAUCCGUUCAAAUUUGAAUGACACUGGCAUCCAAAAUCAAAGAUACAUUCAGCUCCAGCAUUGUAAAUUCCAGUCAGGGUAUAUGCAGUUUAAAGACGGGAUGAAGUUGCUUCAAAACUCUGGCAAUUCAAAUAAGAGAUAAACAAAUGAAAAAUGUUAAGAUGAGACUUGGCCACAGUCGUCAGAUCUUCACUUUUUUUUUCAUCAAGUAACAUUCUUUUAACAGCAAAUCUCACCUUUUUGCCCUGCAGGAAAAGAAAACAAUUCUUUUUAGCUUCACGUUGUAGAAGAAAUAGUUGAAGGACCAAAUGCAGCCCUCCUCACUGAAGGGGUCUGAUGACAUGUCUGGGUUGUAGCUGGUGGGAAAAAAAAUUUUAAUGCAUAAAAUUUCGGAAAAUUAUGCUUUUCAAAGCAAUUGAAGUAAGAGUACCACCAAAGUGGUUUUUGCCUCCAUCCAUCUCAGAAAAAAAGACAAUGGAAAUUAAGCUCCAUUCCCACAUAUCUUUAGGACCUUCUAUUUGAAAAUUCAUCCAAUAUACUAGGAAUACAUUAAGUGCUAAAAGUAAGGCCUGCUGUGCCAAAGGAGUUUAAGAUAUCUUAGUUUAGUUUUAGUAGAGUUUUACCGACUUGCAACACAAUAAAGUCAUAUAUGAGCCAAAUUAAAAUAUUUACAAUAUAUCAGUGUAACAAAAAACUAAAAAAAUAUAACGACAGUAGCAAAGUAAAAUGACUUUGCCUUUAUAAGUAGCCAGCAUGAACUCAUAUUAUCAGGCAAGCAGUUGAAACUAAACUUUACCCAUCAUUCUUGAGCAGACUAUUACAUAACCCGACCUCUUUCUUCUCUAUGAGACUUCCAAAUGCGUCCUAACUGUUGUAUCAUGUGACCAAUGAAAAGCUUACCUGUAAAUAUAACAGUCCUUCAGGCAAAUUUCAUCAUCCAAUGAAGACCACAGCUGUUGCUUGAACGCUCCAUACUUGUCUCCAGCAGCUGCCAUCAAGGCAGAGUUCACAUUUUGGACUACCCACUGACAAAAAAAAUCAAGACAAAUGAUCAAGAAGAAUGUGAUGAACAAGAACAGUACAAUGCACAAAACAAAUACAGUUGUUGACAAAUCAGCAAGCCAUUUAUUCUUAACAUGCUUUAGUCUGAAGCAUCAUAAUAUGAUAAAACAGGCAUUAAUUUUUGCACAUUCUUAACAUAACAUUUUAUUACAAAAGACCUUAAAAGGUUCAAUGGUAGAGCUUAUAUGGUGAACCUGCAUGGUGACUUUCACAUUUUCAUGGUAGGGAAACAAAUUCAACAACAAUAUUAAGUAAAAGAAGGAGAAGACCAAUGAGUAUCCAGUCAUUGUCAGCUUUAAAAAAGCCCAGUAAAAUAAAAAGUUUACUUGUACAAGUCAAAACAAUACACUUCAAGUACGUUGAUCUUGAUCAAUAAAACAAAACAAAUGAAAGUGCAUCUUAGAGACGUUCGAAUACACUGCAAUUAAAAAUUAACAUGAUUGGACACUGGGCAAAGCAUUGGGGACGAGAAUGCAAUUAAAACCCACCUCUAAGCUUGUUUCUCUGCUGAAUUCAGCACUCUUUGCAGCACUGAAAUCAUAGUCUGGAUUGAAAGAUGCAUUGAGGGUGGAGAUAAGGUAGAAGAGUGUCUUUGUAGAAAUCGUGUCACAAAGUAUGCCGCCCUCUUCAUGACUCCCAACAGCAUGGGUGUAAGGUCUGAAAAUUACCAGGGGAAAAAAAAUGUGUUUGAUAAAUUACAUUGCCUGCUGGUCACUAGACAAUCCCUUGGACCUGGCCAGACAGUCAAUGUGUACUCCUUUGUCUGGCCCCUCCCCCAAAGGACCUGUCCAGCUUGGUUGAACCUGCCAGGAGCACAAGGCCCCCGCUGGCAUAGCUCCUGGGAUCGUAAGGGCACGCAAGCCACUCCGCCACAGCAAGGCGCGUACACAGGAAGUGGUAGUUUACACACUCUGCACACAGGAAAUAGGUGAAAUCCUGCUAUGUACACAUAAAAUACAGAUUUAAAAAAUACUGAUUAUUUGUAUGACAUAAUAAAACUUCUUUCUAGUAUUGACACCCACUGGCAGAGAGUAAAAAUUCUCCAAAAAAGUCUAAAAUAUAUUCAGACACACUACUUUUAUGAGAACAAAAAGAAACAUGUUAAGGACAAGACCAUCAAGGUAAAGAGUAAAUUGAAAUAAAUACCCCCUGUUAUGUACCACUUUAAACUCACUCGGUUCCUAUAGGGCUGGUGGAUGAUGCAUAUCCAAAGGCAACUGAUGGUGACAAAGCUUGUAGACCACCAGGUGCUUCGCGAUUCUCCUCAUUCAUUGUCUUGAACAGGCGCUUGUCAUUACCUGCCAUUUUGCAGGAGUAACUCUCAAGCCUGUAGGAAAAUACCCAAAAGUGGAUUUAUCUAAGGUCACUGAAAUAAACUUUUCAUUCACAAUAUAAAAGAAACAGUACCAGUACACAAGAUUCACCAAAAUCAGUUGACAAAAAGUUGCACACAGUAAAAAACCAAAAAAAUCAGAGAUAUCAAGGCACUUGCAAAAAAAAAAAAAAAAAAAAAAAAA